AUGCGAGAGAUCCCUAAAUAUGUUACGGGUGCUUUCUAACACGUUUUGGGGUGCUGGCCGUACCGCGCUAUUGCGAAUUUACCAAGCACUUAUACUGUCGCGCAUUGACUAUGCAUGCACAGUUUAUGGAACGGCUUCUGCUUCUAACUUAAAACGUCUAGAUACGGUGCAUCAUACGGCGUUACGCAUAUGUAGUGGAGCAUUUCGCACUUCUCCUGUUGAGAGUUUGUAUGCUGUGUGUCAUCAACCUUCUCUCAAUUUCAGACGCAUGCAGCUCUCUUUAACAUUUUACUUUCGCGUCCUGUCAUCUUCAUCGAACCCUCUUCGACGUGAGAUUAUUCCACUAAGUUUACAACGAUUAUAUGAUGCACGACCCUCAUAUAUACCACCUUUUAACUCUCGCAUGCGAUCACUCAUUCAGACUUUGGAUUUUUGUGAUAUACCAUCGCAAUCUGUAAAUUAUUUUCUCAUCCCACCAUGGACUAUUUCAUCAUAUUAUCUUGAUUGUUCAUUUGUGUCAUACAGUAAAUCUAAUGUCUCACCUAGCAUUUUUCAACAGCUGUUCACUUUCCAUCGUCAUCAGUAUAUACAAUACAUAGCAGUUUUUACAGAUGGAUCUAAGUUCCCUGGACAUGUUGGUUGUGGGAUUGUUGUGGCUGAUAUUACUUACAGCUACGACAUUCCUGCAAUUUGCUCUGUUUUUACAGCGGAAGCAUUUGCUAUCCUGUUAGCUUUAAGACUCAUUUCUUCGCAUUCGGUUAGAAAGUUUCGUAUAAACUCUGAUAGUUUGAGUGUUUUAAGACAGUUAGAACAUGCAUUAAAAGGAAAUGACAAAGCUGAUUCUGCUGCACGAUCUGCCUCUUCUCCAAUAACAUUAUCUGUCCCAUUUUCUGAUUUAAAAAACCACAUUCGCAAACUUUUUCAGUGUUUAUGGCAGCAUUACUGGGACCUGCAAGGUGAAAACAAAUUACAUUCUGUUAAACCUACUCUGGAGCCUUGGCCUGCAGUGCACAUGCGCAGGGCAGAUGUCAAACUCACCCGCUUGCGACAUACUCGACUUACUCACCUUCAUUUGCUAUUUGGAGAACCUCCUCCCAAAUGCAACGAUUGCAACGUUUUACUCACGAUUCAUCACAUUUUAAUACUUAGUCCAUGUUUUAACCAGCUUCGCCUCACCUUUUUCAGUAGCUCCAUUUUAUGCAUAAAGGACUUGUUAGAUGAAAACCAUCAUCCUAACAUCUUUGCUUUUCUUCGCACUAUUGCUAUUUUAAACAGUAUAUAA